GUCAGGAGCAUCGCAAUGCUUAUGGUUUGUUGUGCGCGCGUCAUCUUGGCGGUGAUUAGACCUUUGGUCGUUUUUACGUCUUAUCCAUUUGUGGUCGAGACCACGUCACUGGAACUUGUAUGAGAAGGGAAUUUACGGAAAACUCAUCGUGCAACAAUCGUUCUCUAAUUCUUGCAUGUGAGCUCUGAAAUUGAAAUCGUCAUCUCUCAAAUCUCAGUCUGGUUCCCACAAUGACGACGAACGAGGAGCCUGGAAGAACCCUGCCAGAAGAGGUAUCGGCACUACUUAGCAUGGGUCCCGAUGCUUCAGUUGAUGUGAUUGCAUCGCUCAAGACGCUGCACAACAGGUUCACGACCACUCCUGACAGUGAACCAUCAGAGCAAGCACUACAGCAGCUGGGCACGGCUGCUGGAAAACAAAAGGCCUGGCAAGACCUGUUCCGAGAAGCAGGCCUGCUUGACUACGUGCUACGAAAUCUUGGUGAUGUAGGCGUACCACUUGCGUUGCGCAGACAGUACUUGCGGAUAAUCGGAAACUGCGUAGCUGACAACGAUGUCAACCGAGAGUUGGCCACCAAAGAUAUAACAAAGAUCGUCGACUGUCUGCCAUCAGAUGAUCUGACAGCAGUCGCUCUUGCAGUACUCUUCAAUCUCUGUAACGACUUUGACCCUUCCAAGGCUGCAGCUGCGGUGAUCAGACUUGAUUUUACGCUAUCUGGGUACCUUGUUGGCCACCGGAUUCCAGAUGCCGCGAUUGAUUAUGCAACGGAGCUUCUCACAUGGACCACCGAGAAGCUCACAGCAGCACAAUUCAAUGACGAUGUAUCGCUCGAUACAUUCAGCGAUCUCGUCAAAGUGGCACUGGACUACGACGAGGAUCAUUAUCAUGAGUACAUCGCCAUCUUAGUUCACUAUCUGCAGGAUCCCGAGUUCCAAGCAAAGAUUGCGACCCCAGGACUACUCGGUGACCUCAUUACACUGAUGCUAGAUUUCGAAUCUCGACUUUCAAUGGCAGAAGUCGAAGCUGUGUUCGAAGAGUUAGCCAUUUCCAAUAGUACCGAGACGACGACGACGGCAACCAACACGAAUGUGCUCCUCGCGGCGCAACUGAUCGGAAACAUUUCAGCAAUUUCCGCCACCGAUCUAUUCGCACAGCGGUUCGACGUUCGGAGUCAAGCGACUGAGACCUUUCGAGCCAAACUAAACGCUUCGCCCUUGCCGUCCACAAUAUGCGCCUGCGUUGUGCUUGGCAAUCUGGCUAUGUCGAACGAAGUGUGUACCAACAUGGUCAAGAUUAUGGAGCUACAUCUACCGCUGGCCCGUAUCCUGUCUUCGAGCAGUAAACCGGCUCUACUCUACGCUGCUGCAGGUUUCAUGCGCCAUCUCACAUUCCCCGAAGAGAACCGGGAAUUGCUGGCAGAUGCUGGCCUCCUCCAAAUCUGUGCCAAGUUGCUCAAGCAGAAAGAUGCUGCUGUUAGCGGCGAGGCGGCAGCCAUGAUUGGCAAGCUUGUUACGAACAACUUGCAUAACAUCAUCAAGGUCGUCUGCGAGAAAGUCGGUGAGGUCGUUGUCCCAGAUGCUCACCCGAUUGUAGGGGUUGAAGCUUCUUCAGAAUUGACCAUCCUUCACCAAAUUGUCGAACAGGCACUCGCGCCUGCGAGGCCGCUACCUAGUACAGCGAUGAAGAAUCCAACAGUUGAACUCAGCCGUUCCAUUGUCACAAUCCUUCGGUUCCUUGGAAGACCAAGCGCAGAAGAUCAGGUAGACGCUAUCAGAGAACAAAUGUUGAAUGUUACUCUGAUCGCUCGACCUUUAGCCAAGCUUGUGCGCCAAAGGUUCUACGCUGAUGCCAGGUCUGAAGGAUUGCUUGGUCUUGGACUGAUGGCGCAAACGGCCCAUGGCGCAAAGCUGGUAAUAGAAGAGAUCAAGGAAGACGAUGGAUUGCUGGCGGCUAUCCAAGAUUUUGCCGAAGGUAAGGAUGGAGGUGCGGCACAACAAGUCUCAUCUUCUUCGGGGAGAGAUUAUCAGAACGCAAUUGUUCUCCUGCAGGCAUUGCAAAAUAAUUUGCAUACGGAGGCCGAUCAAGCCCUCAGAGAUCAAGUCAGGAUCCUACAGGAAACUCUAGGCAGGAUGAUGGUACAGUAGCCCAGACAUCAGUACCUAAUGGAUUUAUGCAUUGCAUAGAAGAUUGUGGUGAAUGUAACGCCACAGUCUCCCCAUGAUAGUGGAUCAAACAGAGGUAGACAAGUAUACAACCAACCACAACACUUUCAUUUGCAACAAGAUGAACGUCCGACAAAUGACAAACGCUCGAUUUGAAGUGAAGUCAGCAAGUGGCAAUCGUAGCCUCUGCAGUGUAGGGAAAAUGUGACGCAGGCGUAAUCACCCGAGUUCUGAUUGGCCAAUGUUGCAUCAUCAGGUCACAGCGCUGCUAUCGAAGGGUCCAUG